AUGGGGAUUUCAUCCUACCUCGACCCACGAUACCGUUUGGCCAUUCCUGAUACUCCCCCCGAGCUGCUCACUCCCGACUCGUCCACAUAUUCGUCGUCCACGCAGUUUGAGGAGAGGUCCUGGAACCCACCUGCUCCUCCAUCACCGCCUAUGUCCAACUAUGACCCGGCCGCCAAGGCAAGCGAAGCGUCGUCCGGGAAGGGUCCCGAUGAGACACAGGCCCGGAGGGACCUGGGCGGCGACCAAAGCGCUUCUCGGCAGCAGCUUCCAUCUCUGAGCAGCCUCUUUGGCCCGCCCUCCUCGGCCCGGUCCUUCCACUCGCCUCUUUCAGACCGGCCAGGCUCCUACGCAUCCAACUCGCCACUCGACCGUCCACAUGGGUCACCAGCUUCUGAACAUAGGCCGUAUUCCUCGUCAUCUUACUUUCCGCCAUCAACAUCGGUACCCUCCAUCUCCCAACCCCGUAGUGCGCGGGACACGAGGUUCCAGGAGCGGCCCCCUUUUCCGUCGCUCUCGCGGGCUUUCCCAGGGCCUCUUUCGCCUCACUCUAGAGACGCAGAGCGACAGAGACUAGAGAUGCGUUCAGAGUCGAGUACAAGUAGUCCGUGGUCGGCAACCCAUGACCGGGACUACUCGUUUGGCAGCCGCGAGUCCCCGGCGUACAAGUCGGUUCCGGAGCGAUUCCCUGCCCAUCUGCCUGGGGCAGGCCGUGAGGAAGAGCAGAGAGCGAAUUUGCGGGAGCAGAUGACGCCCCAGACUUCAGGGCACGUCCUUCCUGCCACUCCAGCAAGCACGGUCACUUCGGAGGGUCUUCCGGCGCUAGGCCCAAAGAUUUGGACCGGCACGCAUUUUCUCCCACGUUUUGUUCGAUCCGCCGAAGUUCCUGGAGAGGGCAUGUGCUAUUUUUACGACGAUGGGACUCACUGCAAGACGGUGAUUGAUGGCGAGGCCGUCAACAUGCUCUGGGGUGUCACGAAAGCCGGCAAGCCUCGCAAGAGGCUUGCUAUUGCGUGUGUCACUUGCCGUGAAAAAAAGAUCAAGUGCGACCCGGACUAUCCGCGAUGCGUGCAGUGCGAAAAAUUUGGCCGGGUCUGCAAGUUUAAGAACGCCCCACGAGGCGGACAUAACGCGUCCCCUUCGACCCCACCGGCCGAACUCGACGACUCCCGCCGGCUUGGUAACUUCAUUAAGCCUCCGCCGGACCACGGCAGGCCAAGCACGGGCGCCGGCAGCCACUCGAGCGAGUCAGUCUCGCCCCAGAUAGGUCAUCGCCCCGCGAGCCCCGACAACGCGUCGGCUGUCCCGCACAAGCGGCUACGGGUUGGCUAUGAACACUUCACGCCGACGGUAAGGCCGCAUUCGCCCAUGGGCCCGACGCCCGACACGGCGCCGUCCACGUUAUCGUGGCACCAGCCACAGGAGCUGCCUCGUAUUCACGAGGAUGUCCUGUGCAGAGCUUGGCAAACAGACCCGUAUGUCUCCGACCCUCAGUCCGUGACCAGCACCAUAUCAUCCUUCUUCGUCCACACCGAUGCAACGGCACUCCGCUUCCUCCCCGAGAAGGUGUUCAAGUCCUGGGUUCAGAACAGCGCUCACAGAAAGUCCCCAGAAGACCUGAUGCUCGUGUAUAGCAUCCUCGCCGCCGGCGUAGCUCUGUCAGGUGGGCCCAGGGAAAUUGCCCACCAGUACUCGCAGGUGGCGCGCUACGCGACGGAGCAUGCGCCCCUCGCUAUGCAGCUUGUGCACGCGAGAAUCGUGCUCUCCCUCUACUACUUUGCCGUCUCGCGGACGGGCGACGGUAACGACAUGUCGAGCGCGGCCAUCUCGGCUGCAACAUGUCUACAAUUGAACCUGGAGCUGGAUAAGUCUCAAGAUGGGGCCAUGGCGACCUUUCCUUACGGUUUAACGAGGGCGGGCUACGCAGAGUGUAGGAGAAGAACGUUUUGGUCUUGCUUUCUGCUUGAGCGGCUGAAUGGGCUGUUUCCCACACGCGUCGCCAUCAUCAACGCCGAGGACAUUUUUAUCCGCCUCCCGGCCGAGACGAGAAGCUUUGAGGAGCAGUUGGGGGUGGCGGCACCUGCAUUCGAGCCCAACAUGUGCCCCCGAGAACAGUAUCGACUCGGGGUGGGAAUUAUGGGCUAUCUAAUACAGGUCGUGGCCAUCUGGGGAGACGUCAUGACCUCCAUUUAUAGGGUUAAACACCGGAACACGUACCACGACUUCAAGUUUGCCGAUUUCUACCGACAAGUCAUGUCGCGGCUUGAGGACUGGAAUGCGUCGCUCCCGCAGCCACUCGUGUUCUCGUCGGCCCACAUCGACUCGGUUGAGAGGGAGGACCAGGGGGCUUGGAUACUGAUGCAUCUCGUUUUCCACCUGACGAUGGUCAAGCUGCACCGGCACGUGCACCCGCGCUUCCUCACCACGUCGUUACGGGAUCAAUAUGCGCAGAUGGCGCACGACCAUUCUCGCAGGAUUCUCGACGUUAUGGGUGCAGUGGCCAAGGACAGCAACAUAGGCCGCUCAAGCAUGCCUCCCCCGUUUUCUAGCCUCGCCAUUCUCGAAGCGAUGGACGUGUUGUCAGCCGAAGGCGCGGUUGGAGACCUCCCGGGUCUGGUUGAUGGUCUGGCCAUUGCGCGCAGUGUUUUGGAGGUUCUGGGCACCGUGUGGGAGGAUGCAAAGAUGCACCAAGUAGCUCUGGACCACCGGCUCGACAAACUCGCAAACCUCCGCGACACCUCGGCCGGACGCGGCGCUGUGGGCUCUUCGAUAAAAGGGAUUCGCCUAUUCAACAACACUGAGGAUUUGAGGGCAGGGACGGAAAAAAGAUUGCCAGCAGGACCAUGCUGGCAGAUGGCGGAUGCGUUGGAAGGUCGGUUCCCGCGAGAGAUGGAUUGCGUCUACACGAGCCUCACGACAGUUUCGAUAUACGUAUAA